CCAAUUAAGAGGAUUAAGGUCUGCAUAUCUUCACCUUCAACCUCCCAAAACCGAGCUCAAGCAUAGGGAUGCUCAAGGAAGAAGAAAGAGUGGAGAAAGUAAAGAAAACUUAGGGGAAAAUCAAGGAAUUUUACCAAGGUAUUCUAGACUUCUCGAGGAAUCUAGGAGUGGCCGGAAAGUUCGCCGGAGCCGCCGGAGUUUCGCCGGAAAAUUUCAAAAGUCACCGGAGUUCAAACAAAGAGGAUAAAAGCUUGCUAGCGUCAUUUCAAGGUUGAAGCUAGAGCUUACUUCCUGUACCCGUUGCUCGGGAGAUCGAUGGAGAGAAGACGUGGUUCGUGCUUCCUCUCGUUCCAUUUUUAAAUAAUUAAAUAAUGCUCAUGGAACUAUUUUGACUUAUAAAUUAAUGGAGCCUGCGAGCUCUUGUUUUACCCUUGUGUGGGUUCUUAUUAAUCACUUAUAUUCCGCUAUGUGUUCGAUUGUAUGUUGAUGUUGUUAUGUAUGUUUACUAAUCGGUUUUGGCAUAUGUAUCUAUCGGACGUCUUGUGCAAUUCGGUAAGGAUGAACUGCGGUUAUUCUUAUUGGGUUGUACGACGGUUGUCCACGUGGCACAGACGCGGUCUGGGGCGUGACAAUUAAGUGGUAUCAGAGCCAAACGAUUUCUAAACUAUAUAGUCAACCUCUCAGCAGAGUUUCUAUCAAAACAGUUUUGAAUGAAAAACCAUGAGAAUAAGUUUUGUACUUUAAGAGCAUUUGGUUAUCGAGUUGCAAGGUCUCUGGUUGUUAAGACGGGCCCCUUAACAAUUGGUAUGGCAGUGACUUGAUCUAAGUCGUGUCUUGAGUACGUUUCUGUCAAUUGACAUUCAAACGACUCCAAAGACUCAUUCCAAUAUAUUCUUUCAGGAAUGGGUGGUAGCGAUAGGGCAAUUCGAGGGAAUCCGAGAGGGCGCACACCGGGAAUAGCCGGGAAAGCCAAUCGGGGAAUAUCAAGGUCGCCAAAAAGGCGAGGUAGGGGCCACCAAGGCCAACAAACACGAAGUGCGAUGGUUGAUCGCAUGAUGACUGAAUUCGAGUCGUGGAACUCGGAGGAUGACUCAACUUAUCACCCUGAUAGCAAGUCAGAUGAAACUUCUUUUGAGGAAAACAGUGGAGAGGAUAUACAUAGUAUUCCUCCUGACCAGAUUAGUGAGAUGUACCAAUGGUACCAGCGUGAAAGGGAAAGACAACGACAGAGAUCCCAGGUGGGACAUGUCAGAGACGAGACCUCUCGCAGGAGGGGUCGGGGUGCUCAUAGAGCACAUGUUAGGACAGUCAGAGAUUCUGAUGGCGAAGGACCAUUCAUUAAGAUCUCAAAGUACCUCAAAGAGGCUAGGGCCUUGGGGUGCAAACCGUUUGAUGGGACGGGGGAUAUCUCGGAAGCGGCCGAGUGGAUAAAAAGGUUAAAUGAUGCAGCCGAUGACAUGCAAGUGGUCCCUGAUCGGAAGUUAAGGGUAGCCACUAGAUUGUUGGAAGGUUUAGCUUCUACUUGGUGGGAAGGCAUCAAAGGUAAGUUUGAUGGAGUUGUCACAUGGGACAACUUCGAGCAAUCAUUCUAUGAACAGUUUUAUACCUCUUUCGAAGUUAAUCGAAAGAGGAGGGAAUAUACAAAUCUCAAACAGGGCAAUGAGUUUACGGUGAAGCAAUUGGAACAAAGGUUCCGACAUUUGGCAAGGUUCUUGCCUGAAUAUGCCGCCAAUGAGGAUCGAAUGGCGAACCAUUUUUGGGAUGCACUGAAUUUGGAGGUACGCGAAAGGGCGACCUAUCAAUUCAACAUGACUUUUAGUCAAGUAGUAGCCCAGGGUCUCCAGGGGGAGGAGCUUUGGGAGGAAAGGCAAGCAAGGGGUGCUAAGGAAGCACAAGAAAGAGAUCAGAUGAUCAAUCAUCCUAUCGGACGAGAGAGGAAGUAUGACUUUCAAAGAGAGGGGGACUCUAGCAAGUUGGUUCCAUUUUCAAAAGGGAGCAAGGACUGGGUAAGUCAAAGCUCAAGCACUCGGGGCACGGGAGCGCCCAAAUGUGAGAAUUGUAGGCGGAGGCACCACGGGAUAUGUCUAGAACCAUCUAGAUGCUACUUUUGUGGAGAAACGGGCCACAUAAAGGCUCUUUGUCCUCAACGUGUACGGGGAGGAGCCUUGGGGGCCCACAGGGGGGUCACGGAGGUUGCGAACCCAACAGGGAUUGCUUCAAAUGUUUUACCAUCCACCAAUCGGGGGAGAACUCGCUCGUGAAGGCGAUGAAUGACAGAAGCCAUUUGUGGGAAUGACUAUGACAUAAGGUUGAAGCUAGAGCUUACUUCCUGUACCCGUUGCUCGGGAGAUCGAUGGAGAGAAGACGUGGUUCGUGCUUCCUCUCGUUCCAUUUUUAAAUAAUUAAAUAAUGCUCAUGGAACUAUUUUGACUUAUAAAUUAAUGGAGCCUGCGAGCUCUUGUUUUACCCUUGUGUGGGUUCUUAUUAAUCACUUAUAUUCCGCUAUGUGUUCGAUUGUAUGUUGAUGUUGUUAUGUAUGUUUACUAAUCGGUUUUGGCAUAUGUAUCUAUCGGACGUCUUGUGCAAUUCGGUAAGGAUGAACUGCGGUUAUUCUUAUUGGGUUGUACGACGGUUGUCCACGUGGCACAGACGCGGUCUGGGGCGUGACAAUUAAGUGGUAUCAGAGCCAAACGAUUUCUAAACUAUAUAGUCAACCUCUCAGCAGAGUUUCUAUCAAAACAGUUUUGAAUGAAAAACCAUGAGAAUAAGUUUUGUACUUUAAGAGCAUUUGGUUAUCGAGUUGCAAGGUCUCUGGUUGUUAAGACGGGCCCCUUAACAAUUUUGCACAAAUAAGUCUUUUUUAGAUUGGAGAAUACACUGUAUGCAAUGGAUUAAUAUGUAUAAAUUGUUGAAAAGUGUUCUACAUGGAUUGUUAGUCUUUUAGAUGGAGAUAUAUUGACUAAAAAAUGUGAGGUACAUUGUUGUUGAAAAUAAUAGAAAAAUG